AUGCCUGUACAGAGGAGGCUCCUGGGCUCUCUCAACUCCACCCCCAUGGCCACCCCUCAGCUCCGGCUGGCUACCAACCAGACCGGCCCCCAGUGCCUGCUGGUAUCCAUUCCUGAUGGGCUCUUCCUUGGCCUGGGGCUGGUGAGCUUGGUGGAAAACAUGCUGGUGGUGGUUGCCAUCGCCAAGAACCGCAACCUGCACUCUCCCAUGUACUGCUUCAUCUGCUGCCUGGCCCUGUCGGACCUGCUGGUGAGCACCAGCAACGCACUGGAGACGACCAUCUUCCUACUGCUGGAGGUGGGUGCCCUGGCAACGCCAGCUACCGUGGUGCAGCAGCUGGACAAUGUCAUCGACGUGCUCACCUGUGGCUCCAUGGUGUCCAGCCUUUGCUUUUUGGGUGCCAUUGCCGUGGACCGCUACAUCUCCAUCUUCUACGCACUGCGCUAUCACAGCAUCGUGACGCUGCCCCGUGCACGGUGGGCCAUCGUGGCGAUCUGGAUGGCCAGCAUCCUCUCCAGCACCCUCUUCAUCACCUACUACAACCACGUGGCCGUCCUGCUCUGUCUCGUCACCUUCUUUCUGGCCAUGCUGGCACUCAUGGCAGCUCUCUACAUCCACAUGCUUGCCCGGGCAUGCCAGCAUGCCCGGGGCAUCGCCCGGCUCCACAAGAGGCAGCGCCCAGUGCACCAGGGCUUCCGCCUGAAGGGCGCUGCGACCCUCACUACUCUCCUGGGUGUUUUCUUCCUGUGCUGGGGCCCCUUCUUCCUGCACCUCACCCUCAUCAUCCUCUGCCCCCAGCACCCUGCCUGCAGCUGCGUCUUCAAGAACUUCAACCUCUUCCUGGCCCUCAUCAUCUGCAACUCCAUCGUCGACCCUCUCAUCUAUGCCUUCCGUAGCCGUGAGCUCCGCCUGACACUCAAGGAGGUGCUGCUGUGCUCCUGACAGGUCUAGUAAGCAGCCCCCACCAUGCCAUCAGCUCCAGCGCUGACUGCUUGUUCCCGGCAAGGCCCGUCUCUGCUGGGAGACAGAACAGUGAGUCAGCCUUCAGCCUGGCAUCAGAGCCCUCUGGGGACAGAGGGGGAGCUGGCUUGGUCUGAGGCCAUCCCAGCAGAGAGGCAGUCCAGGCCUAUGGAUGGUUCCAAGCUUCUUCCCUUGUUCAGACAAGGAGGCACAGCCAAAUGCUCACCCAGGACUCCUUGAAUGGGGACAGCUGGAAUCCAACCACAGAAAGCCACAUCAUGGACACCAUGGGGGAGGGGCACAUCUUGAGAACAAAAGACCCAUUUCUAUGCUUGCCAAAGUGCAGAGCUUCUCCUGAGAGGGCAGAGAAACGCGACCUCACCACAGAGCACUCCUGCAAGACUGGAGGGCUUGCUCUCAGCUGCUGGCUUGUGAAGCGGAUGCUGCUUGGGGCGCUACCACUGUGGUGCUGCCGGAGACCCUUCCUAAGGGAUUUCUGUCAUCAAAAUGUCAGGAGGACCUCAUUAUAAGAUGCCACUGUAAUGUCUGGCCCUAGAUGAGUAUUAAACCAGUGCAGUAAGUAUGUAUAGA